CCCCACUCGUCAGCCCAUUUUCUCUCCGUCGUCCAAACAUUUCUAUUUACAACACAAAAAUCCCCAAAAAAAAACACCCAAAUUUUCUGUCUUUUGUUUUCUUCUCGCGGAAAGUUCAAUUUUUUUCCGGGUAAAUGUUGUGUUAGGUUCGUUGAAACCCACCCAGAACGCGUGAUUUGAAACCGGGUUUUGUUCUUCUGGUCUCUGGAUCUUCUGGGCUUGUCGAAAAUGGAGCAAAAGAGCGUGCUUUUGUCGGCGCUAGGCGUCGGGGUCGGGUUGGGAAUCGGGUUAGCUUCGGGUCAGAGUUUGGGAAAAUGGGCAAACGGGUCGGGUUAUCUGGUGGACGGUCCGGCCGUGGAGCAGAUUGAGCAAGAGUUAGUGAGACAGGUUGUUGAUGGGAGAGAGAGCAAAGUCACUUUUGACGAGUUUCCGUAUUUCCUAAGUGAGAGAACACGGGUUCUAUUGACAAGUGCAGCGUAUGUUCAUCUUAAGCAGUACGAUAUCUCGAAGCACACGCGGAAUCUUGCACCUGCAAGCAAGGCCAUUCUUCUGUCAGGACCUUCUGAGUUUUACCAGCAAAUGCUUGCUAGAGCUCUCGCUCAUUACUUCGAGUCAAAGCUUUUGCUUCUUGAUAUAACCGACUUCUCUGUCAAGAUACAGAGUAAAUAUGGGUGCACCAAGAAGGAACCUUCUCACAAGAGGUCUAUCUCCGAGAUGACAUUGGAAAAAAUGUCAUCUUUGAUGGGCUCCUUUUCGAUGUUGAAUCCACGGGAAGAAACAAGAGGAGCCUUGCGUAGGCAUACCAGUGGCAAUGAUCUUUGUUCAAGGAGCUUUGAGAGUUCUAGUAAACCUCCAAAGCACAAGAGAAAUGCCUCCACUGCUUCUGAUAUCAGCAGCAAAUCUUCUCGUUCUUCAGUCUCUGUUUCAGGUUCAAGUAAACGCGCUACAAACUUGUGUUUCGAUGAGAAACUUUUCCUGCAGUCUCUUUACAAGGUAUUGGUAUCAGUAUCAGAAUCCAAUUCGGUAAUACUAUACCUAAGGGACAUCGAGAAGCUUCUUGAGUCAGAAAGGUUCUACAAGUUGUUCCAGAGGCUUUUGACUAAGGUCUCUGGCCCUGUCUUGAUACUUGGGUCAAGGUUGUUGGAACCCGAAGAUGAUUGCCAGGAAGUUAGUGAGGAAAUCUCUGAUUUAUUUCCUUACAACAUCGAGAUCAGGACACCGGAAGAGGAAUCUCAACUUGUCAGCUGGAAAACCCGACUAGAAGAAGACAUGAAGAUGAUACAAUUUCAGGACAACAAGAACCACAUAGCCGAGGUUCUUGCAGCCAAUGAUCUUGAAUGCGAUGAUUUAGCUUCGAUAUGCCAUGCAGAUACCAUGGUUUUAAGCAACCACAUAGAGGAAAUCGUGGUUUCCGCUAUUUCUUAUCAUCUGAUGAACAACAAGGACCCCGAAUACCGAAACGGGAAGCUCAUCAUAUCCUCCAAGAGCUUGUCCCAUGGAUUGAGUCUCUUCCAGGAAGGCUACAGAGGUUUAGAGGACUCUUUGAAGCUCGACACAAAUACGGACUCUAAGGGAAAAGAUGGUGAAGGGACAAUAGGUUUAAAGAGUGAGUCAAAAUCGGAGACAGUUGCGCCUGAAAGCAGAACCGAGAUGGAAAAGUCACUUCCCUCGACCAAGAAGGACAAUGAAAAUCCCCUGCCUCCAAAAGCUCCCGAAGUUCCUCCUGAUAACGAGUUUGAGAAGCGAAUAAGGCCGGAGGUUAUCCCGGCAAGCGAGAUUGGCGUGACGUUUGCAGAUAUCGGUGCCUUAGAUGAAACCAAAGAAUCGCUUCAAGAACUUGUCAUGCUUCCUCUUCGUAGGCCCGACCUCUUCAAAGGUGGCCUCCUGAAACCCUGCAGAGGAAUUCUCCUUUUCGGACCACCUGGUACAGGAAAAACCAUGCUGGCAAAAGCCAUAGCAAACGAAGCCGGAGCAAGUUUCAUCAACGUCUCCAUGUCCACAAUAACCUCGAAAUGGUUUGGGGAAGACGAGAAGAACGUUAGAGCUUUGUUCACUCUGGCAGCAAAAGUCUCGCCCACGAUCAUUUUCGUGGAUGAAGUGGACAGCAUGCUGGGGCAAAGGACAAGGGUCGGAGAGCAUGAAGCUAUGAGGAAGAUUAAAAACGAGUUCAUGACACAUUGGGACGGGCUUAUGACAAAACCAGGUGAACGUAUCCUCGUUCUUGCAGCAACAAACAGGCCAUUUGAUCUCGAUGAAGCAAUCAUUAGGAGGUUUGAACGCAGAAUUAUGGUCGGUCUUCCGUCGGUAGAGAGCAGGGAGAAGAUCUUGAGAACCCUUCUCUCGAAGGAGAAAACAGAGAAUCUCGAUUUCCAGGAACUUGCACAGAUGACAGAAGGAUACAGCGGAAGCGAUCUCAAGGUUUGUUCAGCCUUAAUCUCAAUCAGAAAACUUUGCCAGCAGGAAAGAUUGAAAGAUCAGGAGAGGAAGAAGAAACAGGAAGCAGGAAAAGGCACUGAAGAGGCAUCGGAUUCGAAGGAAGAAACUUCAGAGGAGAGAGCCAUCACAUUGAGAUCUUUGAACAUGGAAGACAUGAGACAAGCUAAGAAUCAGGUUGCUGCAAGUUUUGCUGCAGAAGGAUCAGUGAUGAAUGAACUGAAGCAAUGGAACGAUCUGUACGGAGAAGGAGGUUCCAGGAAGAAGCAACAGCUCACGUACUUCCUCUAGUCCCCCCAGACAUACCGACCGAUCUCUCUCUCUAAAAUUUCCUCGGAAAAAUCGAAACUUGAGCGGUCUGAGAAAAUGCCCUUCAUGAGAUAUUGCAAACCCAGAAGCAAAACCCUAGAGAAAAACAUGUUUCUUAGUGUGCAAGAAAUCCAGUACUAAGAGUGUCGCCAUGGAAGUGUCUUCGUUAAAAAGACCGUUUGAUCUUGGGAGAAAAAAAAAACUGUCGUUUUUUUUUGGCGUCAAAGAGAGUCGUGAAUCGCUUGGUAGGCCAUUCCAUUUA